UGCUGGAUUUCAAUAGUGUUACCAAAGUAGGCAGCCCGAAAAAUCUCUGCAAUUGGUUUGCACGGACCCUAUAUUAUGUUGUACUGUUAUAGCUCGGAAGUUAUUGCAGAGCUACACCAUGAUGCCCCUUAUGACAUGUCGCUAAGGAAGCUGUUGGGUAAUCCUUGAAACUAUGGCUUUUAACAUCUUGAGAAGGUUCCAGAGUGUGACCACGGGAAUAGGAAGAUGCAGCUUCAUACAGAAUGGGCAGUGUUUGUUGCAAUGUAUUGCCAGUCACAGUAGACAGUUGCAUUUACCCUGUGACUACAUGAAGUCAAGUCAUUGUGCCACAAGGCGAUUUAAGAUUCAUAGUGACUCUCAAAAGAUGUAUUUUUCAACCAUAAAGGAUCACCCUUACUUAAGUGGCAUUUCUGUAUGUCUGCACGAAGAUACUUCUGACAGAAUUAGGUCUGCAAGCAAGCAAUCCACAAUCAUGGAUCAAGAGGUGUUUUUAGGUCGUCUCCACGGCUGUGUAUCAGCCAAACAGGUUUUCAAGCUUCUUGCUUCCUUGGAAACUAUGUCUGACACAGUGGCUGCUUUGGCUCUGCAGAGAAUUGCUGUCUUGGAGCAUGACCAGAACGGACUAAAGAACCCAGAAGCUGUGUUGGAAAACGAUGUCUUUAAAGCACUUUGCUUCCAAUUCGAGCAUGAUUCACAGAGACUGACAGAUGCAGGACUUGUGACUGCACUACAUGCCUGUACCCAGCUGUAUGUGGAUCCAUGGAGUACACUGAUGGUGCGCUUGGUUUCAGAGAGCCAAGAGCGGCUGGACAGGGGGCCAAUGGCCAUCAAGAACCUGUGUAUUUUGGGGGAGGCUCUCUUGGCUCUUGAGGGCCCAGGCUGUGGGAUGCUGAAACAAGUCAUGGAUCAGGUACAAGAGCAGGGGGUGGAAAAGUGGAGCCCGGAGGAAGUGACAAUGGUCUACAACAUGCUGCAAGCUGGAGUUGGCGAAAGUGGCCAAUACCAGGACCUCCUUAACACCUUGAAUAGCUUUACUAUAUCUAUAGCCCCCAAACUAAACCCUAAGUCUAUAAGCCACAUACUGAAUGCACUAGUUGUCCUCAACCAAACCCAGGCCAUUCCUUUGGUCAUAAGCCUAUGCAAGCACUCUGUGAGGCAUGUGCCUCGUUUUUCAGAUGAAGAACUGGUGCUAUUGCUUGGAGCUUUCAUGCACUUUGGCCAAAGCGACAGGUAUUUUAUUGAAGCACUGGAAAGAUAUGUACCCAAGAGCACCUUCACCAUGAACCCUGAGGCUGUCAGCAAGGUCAUGCAGUACUGCAGCCGCAGGCAAAUCCUCUCCAGGCCCAUCUUUGACUCUGUGGCACAGAGCUUUGUUUAUAGAGCAGACACUUUAAGUACCAGCCAGAUUGCCAGACAGAUUAUGCCCUUUGGAAAGCUCAAUUAUCUGCCCCCAAAUGCAGGGGGGCUUUUCCGGAGAGUAGAGGGCAUCCUCAGGGACCGUUUCUCUCAGUUCCAGCCUCGCACAUUGCUCAAUCUUCUCCAUUCAUGCACACUCAUUGAAAGGUUUCCUGUUAAUUUCGUGGCCAAAGUUUUUAGCCCCUACUUUCUUCAGCAGUUGGAAGCACAAGGAACUGGCUUGGACAGGAUUGUGCUUGCGCAGCUGACACAGCUCUUUAUGACUGUGAAACUAGAGUGCCCCUUCUAUGAGGGUCCCAAGCUCCACUCCAAGUAUCGGGUGAAAUCUUUUCAGACCCCGGGACGAUCUUUGGAGAGCCCUGUGGAUGGGCAUCUCUACAACCGGGUGAAAACUGGACUGAUUGACCUUCUAGGGGCUAGAAUUUACUUUGCUUCCCGAGUGUUGACACCAUACUGCUACACUUUAGAUGUGGAAAUAAAACUUGAUGAAGAAGGGUAUGUGUUACCAGCUACCCACCAUGAGGAGGUCUAUAAGAGGAUUGCUGUGUGUAUUGAUGGUCAGAAGAGGUUUUGUGCAAAUAGUCAUAAUUUUCUUGGGAAGGAGGCCAUUAAGAAGCGGCAUUUGAAAUUGCUGGGUUAUGAAGUUGUGCAGAUACCAUUCUAUGAGUUUGAGAAGCUGAAUGACCGGAAUGACACAGUAGAGUACCUUCAUAAGAAGAUCUUUCCACACAGCUACAGACUUAGCUGGUGAUUUCCAACAAUAAUAACUCAAAACUCAUUAUGAUUGCUGGCUUUUAUAACACUUAUUCAAAAGUUGUUAAAUAUAUUUUGUGAAAUGCCAACUAGUUGAUACUGUUUCUUCAUUUGCAGCAAAAAUAUUGAGAUCAACACAUGGCUUAAAAUCUGUAUUUUAUCUUGGAGCACUGUUUGCCUUGGUUGUCUUUAAUUACUGAUGACUGUGAAAUAUAACUCGGAAGCAACAUCAUGUUACUUUUUUUUUUAAAUAAAGUGUGUAGUAAUCAAAUAAACAAAAAUUACUUUUGAGUUAUGACUUGCUCUUGCCCAAGGUGGUCAUUUUUAGAUCUGAUGUUGUAUAAAGAUGCUAUGUAACAAAGUAGAUACCACACCUCUAUUAUGCUGACCAUCAGAAUUUAAAGCACUAUUUAGAAUACAACAUAUAGUCAACACAGGAAUAAUAUUUAUUGGUGUCCAUAAAAAGCACUUACAUUUAUAAUUUACUACAGAUAAAUAACCUGCUCCAUCAGAAGGAGCAAUGUAUAUGGUUUAUAUUGCUCACAGAGCAAUGUACUAUAAAUUACUAUGAUAACUAAGAUUACUAAGAUAUUUUCUUAUUCAGACAAGUUCUUUGAUUGCAGUUUUGCAAGAUGAUCUGAAAUGCCUGUUUCUAUCUUAUCGCACUGAGCGAGGCAGGCCUGAAAAAUAAAAUACAAUUAAAAAAAUGCUCAUUUAAAACGUGUUCAUUAAGAAAACUGCAUUUUUAGAUGCAUUAUAACAAAUAGAAUAUGAAGAAAGUAAUGGCAAGAAUACAAAAUGUAGUAAAUGGAUGUAGGGAUAUAAUCAACCAAAAAAAGGGAAAGCCUUGUAACCUUUUCUUGUACCUGAGAACGAUGAUGUUUUUCUUAUGAAAUCCAGGAAACCAUUCUCAGUAUGAAUGUAAAUCAGGAAGAGAGCAGGGCAGCCCUGACUGCAAUGGGCAAGAAAUACAAUACAAUACUGUAGCACUACCAGCUUUUAAAGAAAUGUCCCAUUAUUGAAAUGAAAAGUAUACAAAUUGUAUUUAGUUGGUUUGAUGAUCCCACCUUUCAGUUUAUUUAUGUGCUUGCCUGUAGUUAUGUAUGUACUUUACAGAAGAGAGGAAGAAAACAUUUUAAAGCACAAUAUAUGUCAUAUCUAAUGACUCACCUGAACAGUUUUAACCAAUCCUUUCUUCUUCAUUCUGCAGUCGCUAAAAUUUUCAGGAAAACUCUAAAAACACAGGAGAUUCAGUAUUUGUUUUAAUUUGGCAUUCAUUGUAUACCUGGCAAUUAAAAGGAUUAUAAACCAUUUCAAAGUGUGACCUUUAUGCCACUUGUGGGAAUUUCUUGUUUUCUCAACUUGCAUUAAUGUUUGAUUUUCUAGUGGCUUUAAAUGAACCACUCCAUGCCGUAUGUCCAAUUUACUGACACUGUAAAGACACUUAUCAGCUGAAGUAUUUGUUGCAUCAAAUAAGUUUAACAUCUUAAAAUUCAGUUCUGAUCUUUCUUUGAUAAUGUUUGUUUCCUUUACUAUAAUGUAACAAUAUUCACCUACCAUGGCAUCCAUCUGUUCAAGGAUCUUCAUAAACUGUUCAGCUGCCACCUUAACUCGCUGAUCAAGCUUGCUUAAAGCUUCAGCCUGAAGAUUCUUUGCUAAGAAACCCUGUGUAACACAAGUAAAAUGUAAACCCAUUAAAAAAUAUGUCAAUGACUCUU